UCCUUCCCACACAUCACUGAGUCCACCACCAUGGCCUCUAAAGUAGCAGCUGUGUUGCUGCUGGUUUACCUGUCAGGUACAUUUGGGAUCAAGCUGACUGGAAAUGGAUACACUGACAUUCUGAUUGCUAUUAACCCUGAGGUGCCUGAGGACCCAGUGCUCAUCACACAAAUCGAGGAAAUGUUUAAAGAAGCCUCCAGACAUCUACUCAAUGCAACAAAGAAACAUUUAUAUUUCAAGGAAGUCGCAAUAUUAGUGCCACCUAAUUGGAAUAAAGGAAAUUACUCCAAAGCAAAGACGGAGGUCUACGAUAAGGCCAAAAUAAUAAUUGAUGAGCCAAAUAAAUUACAUGGAGAUCAGCCUUACACUCUGCAGUAUGGUGAAUGUGGAUCUGAGGGCCGGUACAUUCAUUUGACUCCUGACUUCAUGCUGAAUGAUGAUGUCUCUAAAUACUAUGGACCCAGAGGUAAGGUUUUUGUCCAUGAAUGGGCACAUCUAAGAUGGGGAGUUUUUGAUGAAUAUAAUGAAGAAAAACCAUUCUACCUGUCAGGUUCCAUAAUCGAGGCAACAAGAUGUACCAUAAACAUUACAGGAAAGUACAUCCACAAACGUGACCAAAGGGACUGCACCACUGACCCUGUUACUGGGUUAUACACCGAAGACUGUGUAUUCUACCCUGACAAGCAACAGACAACCUCUGCAUCUAUCAUGUACAAUCAAGGCCUUAGUGCUGUAAAAGAGUUCUGUACAAAAGAAACUCACAACACUGAGGCUCCAAACAUCCAGAACAGACUGUGUGAUAACAAAGGUGUAGAGGAAGUUAUCACUUCACUUUCUGUAGAUGCCGGUGUGGCAGUUGUGCCAAUACCACCAAGUAUACUACCCACAUUCACUGUGGUGCAGUGCCGGCAAAGGGUUGUCUGUCUUGUCCUUGAUGUUUCAGGAAGCAUGACUGCAGGUUCUAGAAUGUUGAACCUGAGACAAGCGGCAACACUCUUCAUACAGAAGAUUGUUGAAGACCAAGCUUAUAUUGGCAUUGUACAAUUUACAGCUACGGCUACAAUUCGUGAACCAUUGACUUUAAUUGAUGGUGAAGCGUCAAGAGAUAAGCUUGUAGGCAGUCUGCCACUAUCAGCUGGUGGAGGCACAGACAUUUGUGCAGGUGUUAAGAAAGGUCUGGAGGUACUUGGGGGAGAUGGAGAUGGUGCAAUAGGAGAUGCAAUCAUAUUACUAACUGAUGGGGAAUCAAGUAUCAACUGUCAAAAAAUGGUUAAUGAAAGUGGUGCAACUGUGCACACAAUAACUCUUGGGCCAAAUGCAAACAUAGAUGUAAAAGAAUUGUCAGACAUAUCAGGUGGUAAAUAUCACAAUGCUGCUGAUGGUGUGGAUUCCAAUGACCUUGUGGAUAUUUUUGCUUCACACACAACAUCUGAUGGAAAUCUGACCAAGCAGACAAUCCAGCUUGAGAGCACUGGAUUGAAUAUGAUUGGUUGGUUUAAUGGAUCUGUAUCCAUUGACAGGACAAUUGGAAACAAGACAAGCUUUUUAGUUAUCUAUGAAAGAAGUCCACCUGACAUCCUUGUUUUAAGCCCCUUUACACGGACCUAUGACUCAUCGCAUUUCAUACAUGAUGCUCCUGCUAAGACUUUAACGCUCGAUAUUGAAGGAACUGCUGAGACUGGAAAGUGGAAAUACAGCCUACUAAAUAAAGAGUCAACUGCCCAAUCUAUGUCAAUGACUGUGACAAGUCGUGCUGUCAGUGAAGCUAUACCACCGGUCAUGGUCAAAACCCACAUGAGCCAACAGUCCAUUGAUGGCAGCAAACCCAUGUUGGUGUAUGCAGAGGUCAACCAGAAAGGUGUUCCAGUGAUUCUGGCAAAUGUGACGGCCACACUGAAGUCUGAUUCUGGGGUUCAAUAUCAGCUACAACUGCUGGAUAAUGGAGCAGGUGCUGAUGCUUUCAGAAAUGAUGGCAUCUAUUCCAGAUACUUCACUGAACUAACAACAGGAAAAUACAGCUUGAAAGUGAAAGUACAGAACAAUGAUGGCAUGGCCAGAUUCUCCCUCAGGAGACACAGUGGAGCACUUUACAUACCUGGAUAUGUGGUUAAUGGACAAGUAGUGAUGAACCCCCCAAAGCCCCCAGUCAGUGAGGAUGACCUGCAGGCUGAUGUGGGCAGCUUCACCAGGACAGUCAUAGGAGAGAGCUUCUCAGUCCUUCUCCCACCUGGUGUCCCCCCUCCAAAUUUCCCCCCCAACAAAAUCACAGACCUGAAUGCAGAGAUAGAGGAGGACAAAGUGCUGCUCACCUGGACUGCACCUGGGGAAGACAUGGACCAAGGCACAGCAACUGCCUAUGAGAUCCGUUUUAGUGAAGAUUCGGACCUACUCAGAUCCAACUUCAGUACCGCUCAUCUUGUCACAUACGACCUCUCACCAAAGAAGGCAGGCUCCCCAGAAAAGCUCUCUUUCACUCUCUUCUCAAUCAUCAAAAAUGGCACCACUCUGUUCUUUGCAGCAAAAGCAGAAGACAAAUCUUUCCUGAAAUCUGAAACAUCCAACAUUAUUCAAGUGACCAAGAUUGUUCCCAAAGCUCCUGUUCCUUCUCCAACUGAUGCGCCUGAUACAUCAGGCAGUGGUGUGAACAUUACUGCUAUAGUCAUAUCAGUCACCACAGUAACAAUGGUGGCUUGUCUGAUUGCUAGUGUGACAAUGUGUUCAAUUAAAUCAAGGCGAGUUAAUCAUGCUUAAAACAAAUUAUGACGAUGAACAAAUGUAGCUCCAGCUCAUUGCACUGAAUCAUAGUAAAGCUUCCUGUGUUUUUGAUUAACACUAAAAAAACAUAUGAAGUAGAGGGAAUAAAUGAGCUUAUCUACCAUUCUUUGUUUUUUAAAUAGUUGAAAGGUUAGAAUGAGAUCAUAGCUAACCAAAUUAAAUUGAUCGUGCUAUAAUAGAUUGAUUAGACCGAUUCUCUUAAGAUCUCAUUUGAAGCUUUGUGUUUGUGCAUUAACCAUCAUGUGUUUACAAUGAAGAACAUGUCCUGUUAUGGUACAAUAUGUAAGAUUUAUCAUCAAAUUGAUUGACAUUAAUGUGUAUUAUGUCAUGACUGGCCUCCUCGGGUCAGGUUACCGUGGACCACAGUCCUACAGAGAGAUCUCACACCCACCAGCGGGGAAAAGAUCGAGAGGUAUGGAGAUUUUUUGUUUUUUUGACACCUCACGACCAUUGUAAAUAGUAGAGGUGGCCCUGGCUUAAUUUGCAUUAACUAUACUUAAUCUAACUCAAUAUUUUUUUCAAUACGUAACUGAACAUUUUUUGUUGGACAAAAACGAUUAUUAUUUUGAGUUAGGUCUACUAGCUAAGACAAUUGUUUUAUGUCCUUAAAAAGCACAAGAUAAAUCAAUGCAGAAGUUCCUUUCAGACGGUUGCCUUUGUUGUUGUUUUUAAAGAAAAUUGAACACAAUUUUUUGCCAACUAAAUGGUUCCCUGCAUUUGGUCCGUUUACAAAAUACUGUAAAACCAAGUCUAUGUUUGUAUAAAUAACAUUUAGCUCACCGGGCAAUGUAUCACUUGGUCACUAUGGACAAACAGUACAGUUCACAAACAGUACAUUCUAACUGCUGUAUGGAAUCUCCAACUUUCCUCUUUAACAUUGAGAUACUUGCUGAAUUAGGUCUACAAGAAAUGAACCAUCUGCAUUUACAGAUAGGAACACCUAGCUGUAACAUGCUGCUUUUCCUGUCAGGAUAUACUUCUGGGAUCACACUGGAAGGAAAUGGUACACAGACAUUAUGAUUGCUAUUAACCCUGCAGUUCCUGAGGAAUCAAUACUCAUCCCACAAAUCAAGGUUAAAUUGAGGAUGGAUUAAAUCAAAAGUUAGUCAUGUAUAUAUUUAUGAUAUUAAUUAUAUAAAUGUAUAAACUGUGAUGAAUCAUUGAUGAAGUUAAGCCCUUUUGGGCAAUAAAAUGUUUUGGAAAGCACCAUGAGAAAUCAUAA